AUGGACUGGUUUUCUUGGCUGUGCAAAACAGCCUUGGAUCCCUCCCUUGUUUAUGAGUAUGGUUUAGCCUUUGCCCAGAACGAGCUUGAAGAAGACGACAUCGCCUACUUCAACCAUGAAUUCCUGCAAAGCAUGGGCAUUUCUGUCGCCAAACACAGACUGGAAAUCCUUAAACUUGCCAAGAAAGAGAGGAGGAAUCUCCCGUUUCCCAUGACGAGGUUUCUGCGUGCAAUCAAGAAGAGAAUUGUUGUGUAUGUCCGCACUCUGGUUCGCCCCCGCGACGACUCGCCUCUCGCCAUCGUGCCUGCCAAGAAGGAGAAGAGAAGCCAUAAUGGGUCAUCGAGGUUGAAGAGGAACAAGAAGAGAGUGGUGGCGGCCAAUAAUAAUUCCCAGCAGAACACUCCCACGUUGCUGCUCACAAAUGGCAGCCCGCCGAGGUUGUUUUCUAGCUCAAGAAUCAAUAGCUUUUCGGGGAAAAUGGUGUAUGAUCAGAGUGAGCAUUGGGGGUCUUCUGUGGUGGAAGAGAUAAGAUGGGAUGCGAUGUUUCAGAAUAUGAAGCCAACAUAA